ACAAAAACUUAAUUUCGUUUAAAAAACACGAAGACAGGGAGUUGGCUGCAAAAACCUGUUUUGAAACAACUUCUGUUGAUAUAGAAACUCCUCAGACAAUGAUUCUGUUACUUGAAAGCAAAGAAGAUAUGGUUCUGCUGAAGGCAUUAUCAUCUCUAGAUAAGUUUGCUGGUAAACUUGAACAAAAUGCUAAGGUACUACAUGAAGAGGGAGUUUUGAAAUCACUUACACCAUUAUUGGAACACUCUAAUCUCUAUAUCCAAAGAUUUUCAACCAAGCUGUUAUCAGAACUCUGCUUUAACCAAGCCAUUGUUAACCAAUUGUUAGAAGAAUUUGAUGGGUUACUUUUGAAUAUGUUAAAUCUCUUACAUAAGGUAAAUGAUUCUUUUGUCAAAGAAUUUAGUGCAUCCGUAGUUGCAGAACUAACUAAGACAAGGCAUGGAUAUGAUCAGCUUAUUGAGACAAAUAUGAUCAACAUUUUGAUCCCUUUACUGUCGUCACCAGAUCCCGAUGUACAAUAUAACUGUUUAAAGAUCAUACAAAAUAUUAUAGUUGAGCCGAAUGAUAAAACAGUGCUCACUGAAGAUAGCAGCUUUUCAGUCAAGCCAUUUGUUAACCUUUUGUCAAGCGAAUAUGUUGCUAUUCAAAAUACCACUUUGGAUAUAUUGCAUCGUCUCACGGAACAAACCAAGCUGAACCCAAUCCCUAAACAGUUUCAAGAUGCUGGAGGAGUGGUGAAGCUUUUGGCAAUAGUCAAAAACUACGAGUGGAAAGACAUUCAUGGUAAAGCGUUGGAUGUGUUGGCUAAUAUUUACAACGAUACAAGCAUAGCACAAACCUUCCUCAAAGAUGGCGUAAUGCAGCUGAUUGCUUACGUUGACUUGGCUAAGGACCCCCAGCUGAAGAAAGGAGCUGUUGAAGUUUUGUCGAAAAUUGCAGAAACACCUUUGGGGAGAAAAGUGUUGUUGGACAGCGGUUACAUACCUAGACUAGUGGAGAUGUUGUCGGAUCACGACGACGUGGUGUGUUCCGCAGCUUGUGUCACAGUUGCCAACCUCUGCCAGGACUUGGCAUCUCUGCGCCAGUUGGCAGACCUACUUACAGUGCAGCAAGUGUUAAACAUUCUGACAGUACCAGACAGAUCCUGGCCUGCCCGAGGUGCAGCCAUCCAUACUCUCUACGAGAUAUUGAAAAGAGAUUCUGAUGCUUGUACUUACAUUGCUGACCAUUUUGAAAUGGGUUUUAUUGAGAAACUCCUAAAUGAGUUUGAUGAAAACGUGUCGCUGCAAGCAGCAGUGACAGCAGCUAACUGUGUUACUACACUGGCAGGUUAUGCAGAUCUACGAGAGAAAAUAAUAAACGAGAACUUGAUAUCCAGCCUCCUGCAUUGCUUCAAGGACUAUCCCCAAGACACGUCAGUGUUGAAGCUAGCUGUGUGUGAGACGUUGUGUAGUCUACUGAGUGAGUUACGGACACAGGACCUGUUACACAACCUAGACAGUCUGUCUGUGGUGUGGUACAGCAUCACCAAACAUCACAACAACAUUCAGUUGCUACAGUCUGCAGCUACUUUUGUACAUCUUUGUGUUUCGGGAGACAAACGGUUUACACCCACUCUGCUGCGGCUUGGAGUUUUGAACUGGUAUGAAUCCUAA